AUGGUUAAACCUAAAGACAAAGAGUUAAGCAAACGUAACACUUAUAGAAAUUAUGAAAUAUAUGAUCUAGUAAGUGCGGCGAAGAAAGUGAAGGCAGGUGAAGUAACCCUGUACAAAGCAAGCAAGGACUCUGGGGUUCCUUAUAAUACAUUAAAAGACUUUUUAGCCAAAAAUGACGACUUAGAUCAUGCUCAUGUUCUCAAAAUGGGCAGACCAUUCGCCUUGCCCUCAGAUAUUGAGUUGCGUGUUUUUAACUUUAGUGUUGAAAUGCAGGAAUUGGGUUUUGGCCUUACAGUGCUUCAAAUUAGAAAACUGGCUUAUGACCUUUCAGAAAAAAUAGGCAGAUCACACUUUUUUAACACAGAGAAAAAGACGGCCAGCGAAUGGUGGUGGUCUAAAUUUAAAGAACGCUAUAACCUGUGUCUUCGGACACCCGAAAAAUUAUCAAGGUACAGAGCAAGCAUGGCAAAUCCAGUGAUGGUGCAAGAUUAUUUUAAAAAAUUAGACAAACUUUUGUCUCAAUUAGGAAUAAAAAACCAGCCAAAUAGGAUCUGGAAUGUAGAUGAAACAGGACUCACAUAUGUUGUAAAACUGAAUAAAAUAGUGUUUCAAGUUGGGGAAAAAUAUGUUUAUAAAAGAACAUACGCAGAGCGGGGACAGCUUCAAACAGUAUUGUGUUGUGUUUGCGCUGAUGGAGGUUUCAUCCCACCAAUGGUGAUUUUUAAAGGGAUAAGAUGGAGUGACCAACUCAAAGAAAACAGUCUUCCUAACUCACUUAUUAGGCUAUCCCCAAAAGGUUGGAUAAAUUCAGAACUUUUCCUAGAAUGGUUUAAAUUUUUCAUUGGUGCUAUCUGUCCAGCAAGGCCUGUUGUCUUACUGAUGGACUCUCCUGGCUCGCAUGUUGGGCCUGAAGUCAUAGAACUUGCAAAGCAAAAUGAAAUCUACCUUAUGACUUUCCCUGCACACACAAGUCAUUUAUUUCAACCCCUUGAUGUAGGAGUUUACAAGUCUCUGAAAAGUGUCUGGGCUAAACUGUUGAACAAUCACAUGUUACUGAACCCAAACAACAUGCCCAGUCGUUCCCACUGCCACGAGCUCUUUACUCCUGCUUUUCUGGAAAGUUUCACUCCUCUGAAUAUCAUACACUCAUUCAAGAAAGCUGGGACUUGUCCUUAUAACCCCUACGUUCUUCCUGCAGAAGCAUUGGCACCAAGCAGGUUCACUGAUCGCAAUGGUCCAUCUUCACCUGCUACUCCUGUUAGGAAGUCAGACCUACCUUGUGAUCUUGGACAAACACUGUCUACCCUUUCUCCAAAAGACGCCUCUGAAGAACAACUGCAGGAUGUAGAAGAUCCGCUUGAAGUUCCUCACGCUCCAAAACAAACAACAUCUGAAGUCUGA